UGGUCGCGCCGCACUGUGUAUCAAGCGGAGAAAAGUAUUGCUUCUGCUAAAGCACAUCCCUCGUUUGGUUAAUCCCGUCUGCAACCAAAACAAGCCUUCACGAGCUGACCAAUGCAUCGUUUAAGCGCUUGUGGAACUUCCUCGAGCUCCAGGGUGCCGCUUGAGGAAGUUUUUAUGGCGGGGUCGACCUGCCUCAGCUACAGCAUGCUGUGUAGGGGGGCGGAGGGUGCUUUUCGUGUGCUAAUCCUCUCGUGUUUGCUUGCUUUUCUUCUUACCACGUCAAAUCCAUGAGGGAAGAAAAGACAGAAUAGCUGCACGCUGCCUUUUACUUGGUGGCGCCAGGAAGUGUCCAUUUGGAUGCUUCCCUAGUCCACAAAAAUGUUUCCUCUCACAAGACCCGAUCUCUGCAGGAAAUGGGAAGCUGCUGUUAGAAGAAAAAAUUUCAAACCAACAAAAUACAGCAGCAUUUGUUCGGAACACUUCACUCCAGAUUGCUUUAAAAGAGAAUGCAACAACAAGCUACUAAAAGACAAUGCUGUACCAACAAUAUUUUGCCACACAGAACCAAGUGUUAAGUCUGAAGGCACUCAGGCACCACCUGAAAUUCCAACUCCCCCUUCUCCUUCGCCGCCGCCACCACCGCAAACUGAUCCAAGACUAGUAGACCCAAGCAUUGGAUUAUUGAUGCCACCCCUUCAUACUCCCAAUAAUAUUGCUGUGUUUUGUGAUCACAACUAUACUGUAGAGGAUACAGUGCACCAGAGAAAAAGAAUUCAGCAGCUGGAAGAGCAAGUGGAUAAACUGAGGAAGAAGCUUAAGACUGCUCAACAACGAUGUCGGCGUCAGGAGAAACAGAUUGAAAAACUGCGAGAGCUUGUUCAGUUUCAGAAGGAAAAAGACGUCUUGUCGGGUAAAGGUGGCUAUGUGAUUCUGCCUAAUGACUAUUUUGAAAUUGUAGAAGUACCUGCCUAGGAGGCUAUCAUUUAUAUUUAUGGGGCACUGCCAGAUUUAGCCUCAUCAGACUAACUCAGAAGAUCAGUUUAAAAUGCAAUGCUUUCUAAUUCUGUGAACAAGAUACUUCAGCCCUUCAAAACAAUAAUAAAAUUGCUAUAUAAUA